AAACAAACUCGAAUCUAAUCCAAUCCUAUCUAAAUCGCGUGAUGAAUGACGAAUCACUCCUCCUGGCGUUAACCAUAUACUGGCAUUACCAAUUAGGCCCCCCUCCUCCUCCUCCUGGCUCGUCUAUUAUCUUCCAACCGAACAGUGAUUGAAACAGAAGAGAAGAAGCUAGAUCUGCUGGAAUUGGAAUUCAGCGAUUCUGAAAGCAAAAUGUUUCUUCUUGAUUGGUUCUAUUCCGUGUUGGCCUCUCUCGGUUUAUGGCAGAAAGAAGCCAAGAUCUUGUUUCUUGGCCUCGACAAUGCUGGCAAGACCACUUUGCUUCACAUGCUUAAAGACGAGAGGUUAGUUCAGCAUCAGCCAACGCAGUAUCCGACGUCGGAAGAGUUGAGCAUUGGAAAAAUCAAGUUCAAAGCCUUCGAUUUGGGAGGCCACCAGAUUGCUCGCAGAGUCUGGAAGGAUUAUUACGCCAAGGUGGAUGCUGUAGUGUACCUGGUGGAUGCGUAUGACAAGGAGCGAUUUGCAGAAUCAAAGAAGGAACUGGAUGCACUGCUUUCUGAUGAGGCCCUGGCCAAUGUCCCAUUCCUCGUGCUGGGGAACAAGAUUGACAUACCAUAUGCUGCCUCAGAAGACGAGUUGCGCUACCACCUCGGUCUGACCAGUGUCACGACCGGGAAGGGGAAAGUAAAUCUUGAGGAUUCAAACGUCCGACCAUUGGAGGUCUUCAUGUGCAGCAUCGUACGCAAAAUGGGAUAUGGCGAUGGCUUCAAAUGGGUUUCUCAAUAUAUCAAUUAGUGGGGCAGCAGCAUCUCCAGACGUCCAAGCCCCUCCUCCCACCAGAAGAAAGACAACAAGAGACAACAGAGAUCAUCAGGUAUUAGUUUUUUGGCUAUCCCAAGUGUGGUUUUUCGGUUGCUGCCACCCUGUAAAAUUGAUAUAUCUUGCUUACAGACAAACCGGUGGGCCCUUGGCCCUGGCCUUGGGGCUGUAGUUUCUUUCUCCAGUUUACUCCUCCAGGCCUUCUAGUUCUAGUUAGUUUCUGUGGAAGAGCUGGGGGUGUAGGGGUAGACUGAAGAGCAAAGGUUACAAAUUCCCAUUAUUUUUACCUAGUAGUCUAGUGACAACUGGGGUUGUUUGGUAGAGAAUAAUGUUAGAGAUGAUAUCGCUUGUCUUUCAUCUAAUCGUGACUGCAUGUAGUAGUACCCUUUACGUUGAAUCAGAUUUUAUAUUUAAAUCA